AAGCGUGUGAUUGUUUUCCACAUGAGACCCAGUGCAGAUAAAGUAGGGUGGGACUAUAUAGCCGCAAUGAAGACUCUUUUCUCACUUUAACCGAAAGCAAGGCAGACAGUGAUUGUUGUCCGUCUUCCGGUAUAUCAUGAAGCCUUUUCUUCAGGCGACAUCGUCUCCACAGGACGUCACCCAUGCAGCAUCACUGCUGGCAUAUCUGAACCAUCAGAGAGAUCAAGGCAUAUUCUGUGACUGUGUGCUCAGGCAGGGGCAGAACUCAGAUCAGCUUUACCAUGCACACAGGUGUAUCCUGGCAGCCUCCAGCCCAGUGUUGGCAUCCAUUCUGUCCUCUUCUGGUGCCCUGGUGGAACUACAUGAUCCAAGUCUCUCGGACUCUGUGCUACCUUCCCUUUUGGACUACAUUUACACUGGGGUUCUUCCACACCCUCUCAGCAAACAGGAAUAUUACAGACUGCUCUCUGCUGCCUGCCAAAUGCAGAUGAAAGAACUGCAGGAUGCUCUGAGAGCUAACUGGCUGCAGAUCCAAGGGAAUGCUAAGGAUGGUAAAAAUCCUCCUGUUAUAGUUGAAAUGUACUCAUUUAAAGAGACAGAAGAUUCUUAUAAAAUUGAUUUUGAGACCUUCAAACACCUUCCAUCAUCAACCACAACAUAUAAUUUUCAAAGCCAUGAAACAACCAGACAGCCAUUACCUAAUGAGAUGUUUCAAGAACCCUGGAUCACUCCAGGAAGCACCGAUGCCAGUCCUGAAAAUGAUGAAAGAAAAAUAAAAAAUCAAUAUGUAAAUGGUCACACAAGAACUGAUUUAGCUUCUUUAAAUGAUUUAAAUACUUUCAGUAUUCUUGGAAGUAUUGACAAAGACAUUGCAGGUGACCGCAGACAGGUAACAUCGCUGACCCAACGGGAAACGUUGAGGUCCAAAGAUGACAAAGCUCAGAUGCAUAACUUACCUGGAGUAGAUGUGCAUCAUUCACCAAACUUUGUAAAACCAGACAUGAGACAGAGAACCCCAGAGGAAGACCUACUCGGAAAAUCUAAGGAAAGAAAGAGUUGCUCUUCAUCUCCGUCAUCAUCGCCACCCCCAUGCUCUGAGGCGGUGCCUGUCAUUUGUCACAGUAGCAGAGCGGCUGUCCUGCAGCAGUCAGAAGUCUCUGUGUGGCCUCACAAUCAAGCAUCUGAGUCUUUUGUCCAGCCUCCCUCCAAAAUCGCCCACUUCUCACUCUCAUUAGGCAUAGGCAAUGACAACACUGUUGAAGCAAUUACCACUGAGUGCAAAGAUCAAAAUGGAGUACAAAGUCAGGACCCCAGAAGCACUAUAAGGCACACUAGCUGUGCUACUGACCACAAGGUGGACAAGGAUUACAACAGCAACAAUUUGCAUCUAUUUAAAUUCAGUGACACCUGCAAGAAUGCAUCAAAUAAUAUGAACAAUAACAAUCAGACUGCCCAUCUGGAUUCUCUGCAAAGUCACACAGAAUACUAUGGAGAGUAUCUGGUCCAGAAUAAUGUCUCAAGAAGAGAUUUAAAGCACCAAAUUGAACGGGAUUAUGAUCCUGUUCCCUCCAAAAAUCAACACUUUGAUUGUUUUCAAUGUCAGAGAACAUUGUUGACAACUUCAACACAAGAUCAAUCGAAACACCAGGGAGCUGCAGUUUCACUUCUCAUGGAGGUUGAAGAUACAGGAAGUGCUUCUCAGUGCGAAGAAUGUCUUGAGGUGGAAGUGAAAAGGGGACACCAUUACUCCAGUGUGUGUCUUGAUGUAACAGAUAUAAAGAAAAAUCACUGUAAGACAUCUGGACCUAUAACAGACUGGUACACAAACAUCCACAAAGAUGACAAAAGCGGAAAGGAUAUGUCUAACAAAAUUAGUAGCACACAAACCAAAUUCAGAUUUAUAACAUCACUAUCUGGAUUGACUAAUGUCACUGACAGUUUCUCUGCUUCUAAAUGUGACAAAGUGCUGGAAAGUAGAGAAAACCCAUCCCCUGAAAACACGGAGCCAUGUUGCUUUUUAUCAGCACCCCUGGACCACAACUUGUCUGGCACUACAAGAUGCUCUGGUCAGCCAAAUCAUUGGCAUCUUCCUCAUCAGGGUGAACCAUGUGACGAUGCAUCACUUCAAGAUUCAAAUCACAAACCCUUGAAGCCUGGCUUGUCUCCUGACUCAGAUGAGUUAGGUGAAGAGGUUAAUACUCCUUUUUCAGGUAAAAGAUCACUGAGUCAACACUUUUUUAUAGAGUUAGAAGACCAGCCGGAUAUAAACACCAAACAUGAUGAGCUACCUGUGUCCUGUCAACAGUUUGUUGUAAUGGAUACAGCUGCAAUCCUGAGUCACGAUGAUACACAAGCAAAUCAGGACUCCUCUGUAGCCAGAGCUGAGAGGUUAGAUGAGGCUGUUGGACAGAGAGACAUCAAAGAAGGAAACCCAUUUGAUAUAAAACCAUCCCAAACAGGAGAUUGCAUCACACAAAACAUUGGUGUGAUGGAGGUUUCCACACCUGAAGAGCAUGAAACUAAGAGCGGCUCCACUAUAGUUUGCUCACCUCUUUGUGAACCAGACUGUGAUCGAGCCUCAAAGCCAUCAACUGUAUCUGUCUGCAUACCUUCCACCUUUCCAGCCAGCAUGCCAACAGAUAGGUCAGCUCAUCUGUCAUCUCCCAAUCACCAGCCUUUCCAGUGCUCUUUGUGUGAUCGCUCCUUCAGCCAGAGAGGUUCUCUGAACAGACAUGUGCGGAGCCACCUUGGCGUACGGCCCUUCCCCUGCCCCUGCUGCCCAAUGACCUUCUCACGCCAAUAUCGUGUCACAGAGCACAUGCGUGUUCAUCAGCGAUCUGCCCUUGGAAAUGGCUUACAAAAGUCCUCUGUUAUAAAGGAUUAAAGGUCGCAAAACUAGAAUUGAUUAACAUUUUUACAGUAAAUUAGAAUGGUAAGAAGGAAAAUUGAUAACUUAUUUGUGGAUGAUGGACUCCUGUCAGAUUGUGAAGGUUUUGACUUUUCUCAGUUUGUGGCAUUCUUUGGAAUCCAGUGUAAAAAUGUAGCAGCAAAGGCAUUUUUAGCCACUUUUUAUUGUGAUCUUCCCCAGCAGCUGAUGAAGAAUAAAUCUGUCCUGUUGCAUUUUUAAUUUAUAUUUCUACUAUUACAAUUAUUUUUGGCAGCUAUUUUCCUUUGAAGUCCUCUGACAUCCAUAAGAAUGCAUUUGUUACCUGACAUGGAACUGCAGAGAGAUGUUGUAAGCCAUUACAUGUAGAACAGAUGCUGGGAAAUUGGCAGCUUCAAAUUUUUAUUUUCCUGAUCCUAAACUAAAGCUACCAAUUCAGCAGCAAUGUUUGUUUCUGCAGUGUGUUUAAGACUUUAAUGUUCUCAUGAGAUAACAAAAUAUGCCUACAAAGUGUUCCU